AUGAAGUACAUGAGAACAAACAGCUUGAAGUUGAAGAGGCUCUUCUCAUUAUCCCCCAGACCACCCACCUGGAGAUGCUUCUCUUACGACGAAAUAUCACUCGCCACUAAUUCCUUCCACCCAGAUAAUUUGGCGGGAAAAAGAGGGUAUGCGGAGGUUUGCAGGGGAACCAUGCCGGGAACAGGGGAAGUUGCGGUGAAACGGCUGACGAAAUCGUGUACCGACGAGAGGAAAGAGAGGGAGUUCCUGUCGGAGAUUGGAACAAUUGGCCAUGCCAAUCAUCCAAACGUUCUUCCUUUAGUUGGCUGUUGCAUCGACAAUGGACUUUACCUCAUUUUCCAAUACUCCUCCACUGGCUCCCUAGCUUCUCUUCUCCAUGGGGAGAAUUAUGGAGAGUUGAAUUGGAGAAGAAGGCACAAGAUAGCGAUCGGGACGGCGAAAGGGAUUGAGUAUCUCCACAAGGGAUGCCAAAGAAGAAUCAUUCACCGGGACAUCAAAUCGUCUAAUGUCCUAUUGACGGAAGAUUAUGAGCCCAUGAUAUCGGAUUUUGGGUUGGCGAAAUGGCUGCCAACGCAAUGGUCUCACCAUUCAAUCGGACCCAUUGUAGGAAAUAAAGAAAUUAGGUUUUUUUAUUUUCUAAUGAAUGUAAUAAUGAAGUGGAAAAUAUAA